AUGGGUCCAAGUGCAGCAAUUCCUCUCCUUUCUCACGUUACACCUACAACAGAUCAGUCGCAGCAGCGAAUAAAUCCCAACGAUUCAUCAGGAAUUAAAUCAGAGCCACCACCUUCCCCAUUACUAACACCCGAUUCCAGUCCUGGACCACCAGUAUCUGGAAGCCAAUGGCCUCAGCAAGGAUCUUCCAGGAGAGGGAACUUACAAUUGUGGCAAUUUUUGGUUUCAUUACUUGAUGAUCCCUCAACAAAUGGAAACUUCAUAUCUUGGACAGGGAGAGGAAUGGAAUUCAAGUUAAUUGAGCCCGAGGAGGUAGCAAGACGUUGGGGCAUACAGAAGAAUAGGCCAGCCAUGAAUUAUGAUAAACUUAGUCGCUCAUUGAGAUACUACUAUGAAAAAGGAAUAAUGCAAAAAGUUGCAGGGGAGAGGUAUGUUUACAGAUUUGUAUCGGAUCCAGAAGCUCUUUUUUCUAUAAAUGUCAAGGAGCAACAUGUAGAAAAAAUGGAUAUAUCAACUGAAUACAAUCCUAGACAAAACUCUACAAACAGGAAACUAUAUUCACCAGACAUUAAUACUUUUCAUCACCACUCAGGACACUGUUCCAGAAUUUCUAGAAAUCCAGAACAUUAUGGAUACCAACCUCUGACCUGUCUCCAAGACCUGACUUCUCGCCCUACGACUAGAGAAAACAGAUGUGUGCACAAUACAAUGGACAGCUGUGUGUUCUAGGCAUUCAGAUUAUUCCCAAUUCUCCCAGCAUAUGUUCAUAACACAAAACAAUUGAGUUUUCUUGAGCAUCUAAGAAUAUUUAUGGAUAUUAACUUCAGACGUUUCCUCGAAACCAGCCAGAGAUACAGUGGCUCGUAUUUGUUUUCGACCACUUGGUGUUUCUCAGUUUUAUUUGCAAGUAUCAGUUACUAAAUAUUAG